GUACGGUACCACUGCACGCGGGCUACGAUUACAUUGUGAUUGUUCGUCCUGCAACUUAAUAUAAGUCUGCGAAUUCACAUUUUCAACCGUAAUUUGUAAAAUGGCAGAUGUACAGGAUGACAAGCUUUACAAAGCCGAAUAUGCAAAAAGUGGACGCGCUUCUUGCAAGAAAUGCAAAGAAAACAUUGCUAAGGACUCGCUAAGAAUGGCUAUUAUGGUGCAGUCUCCCAUGUUUGAUGGCAAAGUGCCACACUGGCAUCAUUUCUCCUGCUUCUGGCUCCGGGCAUCAGUCCAGUCUUCCUCAGACAUAUCUGGAUUUUCUGAUCUUCGCUGGGAGGAUCAGGAGAAGGUCAAGAAAGCCAUUGAAAGUGGAGGUGCUACUGGAGGGAAAAGUGACCAGAAAGGAGCUGCUAAAGGGGAAAAGACACUGAAUGACUUUGCAGUGGAGUAUGCCAAAUCUAACAGAAGCACCUGCAAGGGCUGUGAACAGAAAAUUGAGAAGGACCAGAUCCGCGUAUCAAAAAAGACAGUGGACCCAGAGAAACCUCAGCUGGGGCUGAUCGACCGCUGGUAUCACACCGGCUGCUUUGUGAGCCGGCGGGAGGAGCUGGCCUUUAAACCAGAGUACAGCGCUUCUCAGCUGAAAGGCUUCGCUGCCCUGCGAGAUGAGGACAAAGUGGAGUUGAAGAAGAGGCUCCCUGCUGUCAAGGGUGAAGGGAAGAGGAAGGCAGAUAGUGUUGAUGGGGCAGGAGUCUCCAAAAAGCAGAAAAAAGAGGAGGAGUUGCAGAAGCAGUUGGAGAUGAAGAUGAAGGAACAGAGUCAGUUGAUAUGGGGAAUUAAAGACAAGUUGAAGAAAUACUGUUCAACCAAUGACAUGAAGGAGCUACUCAUUGCUAAUGGGCAGGAAGUUCCAUCAGGAGAAUCCAACAUCUUGGAUCGCCUGUCUGACUGCAUGGCUUUUGGAUCCUUGAAGCCUUGUGAGACAUGCCAAGGUCAGCUUGUGUUCAAAAGCGAUGCCUAUUACUGUACAGGAGACAUCUCUGCUUGGACCAAGUGUGUGUUUAAGACUCAGUCGCCCAACCGUAAAGACUGGGUCACUCCUAAGGAGUUUCAUGAAAUUCCUUUCCUAAAGAAGUUCAAGUUUAAGCGGCAAGAUCGUGUGUUCCCCAAAGACGCUCCUGCUGCCACCGUUGUUCCUGCCCAGUCAGCGGCUGCUUCUGCUCCGGCGGCUUCUUCUGCUUCUAGUACCUCCAGUGCCCCCACUGGUACCCCUGUGGAAGUGCCUGUCGAUAAACCUCUGACCGGACUCAAAGUGCUGGCGGUGGGGAAGCUGAGUAAGAACAAAGACGAGCUGAAGGCUGUCGUGGAGGAGUUGGGAGGCAAAAUCACGGGCACCGUCAAUAAAGCUGCUUUCUGCCUUAGCUCCAAGAAGGAGGUUGAAAAGAUGAGUAAAAAGAUGGAGGAGGUGAGAGAUGCGGGCGUGCGUGUAGUGGCAGAGGACUUCCUUACUGAUAUCAAGUCCUCAGGCAAGGCCCUCCAGGAGCUGAUUUCCCUGCAUGGCAUCUCCCCUUGGGGGGCUGAGGUUAAAGUCGAGGCUCAGGCUCCACCAGCGGCCUCCAAGUCAACUGGAGCCGUGACCUCAAAGAGCACGGGGCGAGGCAAAGAGGAAGAAGCAGGUGGCAGCAAGUCCAAGAAGAUGAAGCUCACCGUAAAAGGUGGAGCAGCAGUCGACCCAGAUUCAGGUCUAGAGAACUGUGCUCAUGUGUUGGAUCAGAAUGGAAAGAUCUACAGUGCUACUCUCGGUCUAGUGGAUAUUGUCAGAGGAACCAACUCUUACUACAAAUUGCAGCUCCUGGAGGAUGACGUCCAGAAGCGGUAUUGGGUGUUCAGGUCAUGGGGGCGAGUGGGAACAACAAUCGGGGGAAACAAGCUGGAAAAGUUUUAUGACAAGAACUCUGCCAUGGAUAACUUCCGCAAUGUGUAUGAGGAGAAAACGGGCAAUUCCUGGACCUCAAGCAGCUUUACUAAAUACCCCAACAAAUUUUACCCUCUUGAGAUUGAUUAUGGACAGGAUGAGGAGGCAGUGAAGAAGCUGACCGCCAGUACAGGCACCAAGUCCCAGCUGGCCAAACCAGUCCAAGAGCUAAUCCGCAUGAUCUUUGAUGUGGAGAGCAUGAAGAAAGCCAUGGUGGAGUUUGAGAUUGACCUGCAGAAGAUGCCAUUGGGGAAGCUGAGCAAGAGGCAGAUCCAGAGUGCAUAUGCUCUCCUCAGCCAAGUGCAGCAGGCUGUGUCUGACAGGGCUUCAGAAUCUGUGAUCCUGGAUCUGUCCAAUCAGUUCUACACUCUGAUACCUCAUGACUUUGGGAUGAAGAAGCCUCCACUUUUGAGUAACCUGGACUACAUUCAGGCUAAAGUUCAAAUGCUGGACAACCUCCUGGACAUUGAGGUGGCCUACAGCCUGCUGCGUGGAGGCACUGAGGAUAACAAAAAAGAUCCUAUUGACAUAAACUACGAGAAACUCAAAACCAAGAUUGAGGUGGUUGAUAAGUCAUCAGAAGAGGCUCAGGUUAUCUUUCAGUAUGUAAAGAACACUCAUGCUGCAACACAUAAUACCUACACACUGGAGGUAGAAGAGAUCUUUAAGAUCGCCAGGGAUGGCGAGUACCAGCGCUACCGCUCCUUCAGAGAUCUGCCCAACUGUCAGCUGCUGUGGCAUGGCUCACGCACUACCAACUAUGCAGGCAUCCUGUCUCAGGGACUGCGCAUUGCACCGCCUGAGGCUCCUGUGACAGGUUAUAUGUUUGGCAAAGGUAUAUACUUUGCUGACAUGGUGUCCAAGAGUGCCAACUACUGCCACACCUCCCAGGCUGAUCCUGUAGGCCUCAUUCUGCUAGGAGAGGUUGCUCUUGGCAAUAUGCAUGAACUGAAAAAGGCCUCACAUAUCACAAAACUGCCAAAAGGAAAGCACAGUGUGAAAGGUCUGGGAAGGACUGCUCCAGAUCCAAGUGCCACUGUGUCUCUGAAUGGAGUGGACGUUCCCUUGGGCAAAGGCAUCAACACAAACAUUGAUGACACAAGUCUGCUCUACAACGAGUAUAUUGUGUAUGAUGUUGCUCAGGUGAAUCUGAAAUACCUUUUGAAGCUUCGCUUCAAUUACCAAACAUCUCUCUGGUGAGGAAGCUGCUAAACCCUGGGUAGACACCAUCAUUUGCUAAUUGCAGUACAGCUCUCAAUACCACCGAACUGCAAGAAGACCGUCACACAAGUUUUGUAAUUCUUUUAGCAGUACUCUCCUUGCUGCUUUAGUGUGGUAGUACAAAGUAACGAGUUUUUCUUGCAAUGUAAAUGUUUAGAUACAGUAAUGCGCGGUAUGACACUUGUCAUUUCUGUUGACAAGAUCCAACAUUGUGGGAUUUGGUCUCAUUUAAGUAUUUGAGGGCCUUGUUUAAGUUGCCAGUGGAUAUCUUUCUUGGAUCCUACUAACAGUAUUGGGUAGAACAGUCUUCCAUUGGUUUUAUAGACCUUUGUGUUUUGACUUCAGUUUGCCUUUGUGCAAUCUGUUUUCAUAUUUUUUUCCUCACUGCAAAGUAUAAUUAUCAAAUAUGACAAGUGUUUGUUUUCUUUACUGAAAACAUGAAUACUGUACAGUUUUAGAAAUUAAUGGUUCCUUGUAAGUUAGUUUUGAUUUGUUUAUUAAACAUUUACUAGGAUCACUAGUAUUAGGACUGUUAGAAAUUGGAAAAAAAAAUGUUUUCUGUGUACUUCCCAGUUUAGUUUCUGUUUUUUGCUCUUAUUUUACUAAGACUUGGAUGGUAAAAAAUGUCUACAUUUUCAAGCAGAGGCUUUCAAAAAUGGCAAAUUACUAGGCAGAGCGUGAUGGCUGAUGCACAUUGUGAGUAACACUCUACUCAUCCUGACAUUGGGUAUUUUUUUUUGUAGGCAUACCAUACCAAAAUGAGGACGGUUUGUGAAAUAGUUAGAUUUAACUUUGUGUGUGACAAAUACCAAGUUGCUAAUUUUGUCACUCUUGCUUUCUGUCUGUAUUUUUUACAAGCAUUUUGAACGCUGAAUAAAUCCAUGCUUUGCCCUAUUA